GAUAUAAUUUUGUUGUGACUAAAAUAUAGUGAGUUUGUAAAUAAUAGGGCGUGGUUUGACAACAAAUAUGUACUUAGGUACUGCAGCAUAUUCUAAAUAUUUAUUAUGUUGAUGUACAACGUCGUCUACAUCUAAUUAGUAUUUAUUUACUACAAUUUCAUUACUUAGGGGUACAUUCAGUUUCAUUAUUUGUCACAGUCAUAGGAAUAUAAUUAUUUACGACCACAAAAUGGCAGAUUUAACGGAAAACAUAUGCCCCGUGAUAAACAAAGAUCAGGUUGUGGACAUUUUGAAAAACGAUUACGGUUUUAUCAAUGGAAAAAUCCAAGAAUUAGAUGGUUACGAUGAUAAAAACUAUCUCAUAACAGAAGUCAAAAAAUGUGUUGAAAUAAUUGAAUUUCCAAUUGAUGGAAUAGUUAUAAAAAUCAUAAAUUCAAUUGACUCAAAAAAUUUAUUACUUUUAGAUGCACAAACAAAACUUACUCAGUAUCUAGAACAAUCUAGAAUAAACUGUCCAAUACCUGUGCUUAAUAAAUAUGGAGAAAAUUAUCGGUCUCUUGUUAUAAAUGGUAAGACACAUGCAGUCAGAGUCUACAAAUAUAUUAAAGGCGAAACUAUGAAUAAAGUUCAAAUAAACUCCGAAUUAAUCUCCAACUUUGGUUCUUAUGUCGGUUAUUUAACAUUAAUUCUUAAGAAAUUUGAUCAUGAAGGAUUCCAUAGAAAUCAUAUAUGGGCUUUAGAGCAAUGUCCAGAAGUUUUGAAAUUUUUAGAAGUUUUUGAUCAAGAAAAAAAACGACAAACCAUUAUUACUAUAAUAAAUAAAUUUCAGUUGGAUGUUUUGUUAAGAGCUGAUCAACUUGAAAAAAGUGUUAUUCAUGAAGAUCUCAAUAUGAAUAAUAUAAUCAUAAAAGAUAACAAAAUAUUUGGUAUUAUAGAUGUAGGUGAUGUUAUCUAUUCAUUCACAAUUUUUGAUUUUGCUGUUGCAUUAUGUUAUCUAAUUAUGCACACAUUUAAAGACAAUAAUGCAAAGCUAUCUGAUGUACAAAUUAAAAAUUUUGUUGAAGCCUAUGAAAAACAGUACAGAAUUUUAAAUGAUUUUGAAGUUUCAAUAAUACAUACUUGUGUUUGUGCUAGAAUUUGUCAAAGUUUGGUUUUGGGUAAAAAAUCAAGUAUGAGAGAUUUAUCAAACAGCUAUAUACUGUCUACACAGAAAAAUGGGUGGAGAGCAUUAGAUGAAUUAAUGAACAUUGAACAAGACAAAUUUAAUAUGUUACUGAAAUAUUAAUUAAAGAAAUUAAAUUUUAAAUCAUUCUUACCAUUAUAAUUGAAUUUAGUUUUAGAUUAAGUAUAAAAAUUUUAUGGGUAAACUUAUUACCUGAUAUUUAGAAAGAUAAUAUCUAAUACUUAUAUAAGUUUAAAAAUAUAUAAAAUUAUGUAUAGGUACUGUACA